AUGCAGCUCGAUUGGAUCUGGCAGCAAAUAUAUAGUGUCAAGGCAGCACUGAAUGAUUUUGGUAAAGAUGAUCAUCCUACUGCCAUAUUAAACGCAAUUGUCUCACCAAUAAUGGAAGACCCGAAUUCGAUCGCAUGGUUGUUUGCUGUAACGAGUGAAGGUACAGUAGUAGGCAAACGAUCUUGGGAGGCGAUUCGGAUGAACAAGUCGGGAUACGAGUUGUGCAUGCCGAUAGAGAGACAGGCCGAAUCAGAUCUUCGCAGUCGAGAAACAACAGUUUCGUUAGAUGAUGAAGAGGACAAUCCUCAAGACGGCACCUCAUCCCCAGGACUCCAUUUGACUUUCGACUCUGAACUAAAAGGAGGCAAUGGACUUAUGUUUGGUAACGACCCGAACAGCUGCGAUAUCGUUCUGCCAAAACUGAAGCAUAUCAAUGAUCGUCAUUGCUCCCUCACAUUUGACAACCAGCGACGAUUGAUCUUGCGAGAUUUUUCAAGAACUGGAACCGUGGUCACAUACGAUGGGAAAGGAGGAGAGCUACGCCGCCAUUUCACGUGGAUUCUUGGUGGCGCCGGAGCCCCCAAGGGCAUCAAAGAUAUCGGCAUUAAGAUUCAGGGUAUUAGUUUCCGGAUCAAAGUCUCGCGCCACGAUGAGUCUCCACAACCGUGCAAUACCAACGUUGAUCGAUUCCUCCAGAAGUCAGACGAACUCCUUUUAGGUGGACUCGGAAUUCAGAGCCCGACUGCACCUCCUAGCCAAGGCCCCAUCCGCCUCAAACAAGAAACGCUGGGCAUGGGAACCUUCGCGGUUGUGAGGCGUUUCUGGGAUGUCAGCACCGGGGCUGAGUAUGCGUAUAAGGAGCCUUGUGACAAAAGGGAAUUCAACUGGGACUUGUGGGAGAAGGAAGCUGAUAUUAUGCGCCAAAUCUCGCAUGACCAUGUAGUUAAGCUUAUGGAAUGGGUAUUCACUCCGUCACCACAAUUGGUUCUCGAAUAUAUUCCAUUCGGGAGUCUAGAGGGCAUGGAACUAUCGCUUGAUGAGAGCACGGCAGUUCUUUCUCAAGGGCUUUCGGCCUUGGUGGACCUUCACGGACGCCAAGUCCCAAUUGUGCACCGAGAUAUCAAGCCGGGCAAUAUCCUUCUCCAAUCCUUAGACCCGUUCCAUAUCAAACUUACCGACUUUGGUGUUUCCAAAGCUAGCGGUGACUUGUCAACAUUCUGCGGGACGCGAUGCUAUCUUGCGCCAGAAGUUUACAAUAAAACGAGGUAUACGUCGGCGGUGGACAUCUGGUCUCUUGGCGUGGUUGCCUUUGAGUGCGCCUAUGGUCUUCCGAAUAACCGUACGGGUAGAUACCAAGAAAGAGACUGGUGUGAACUGAUUGUUGACCAAGCCAACGAUUGGGAGAAUGGGGGCCUGAUUGACCUCUUAUCAACGGCUAUGUUAAUUAUGGACCCGAAAUUGCGAGGUUCGGCCCCAGAUUGCUAUAGAGAAGCGUCGCGGCUCACUAUCGCAUCCUAUGACCGUUGUCUAACUCCAACACCAACCUCCUAUGCCGAAGAAUCCAAAAUAGUGGCCCAUUAUCCGGUUGAAGGACAAGAAAUCGGGCGUGGAAACGUACAGACUUUAUCAAAUACACAAAACUCCUUUCACGAUGGGGAUUCAACACAUUCUUCCCACCCCUCUGACGACCGAUAUCAGAGAUCGGAUGCCCUGUCUCCCUCUUCUAAAUCACCAACCAUCACAGCCAAUUCCAGCAAUGAUGCGCACCCUGUGGAAUCUGCGACGGGGAUAGACUUGUUUGGUGGGGGCUGGCUGCAAGAUCCCAACUGUGUCGGAUCAUCUGUCGCUUCAAUGGGACGAGAAUCCACAGAAUGGAGUAAUUGGACUACGGAUACUUCUGGCGGAGAUAUCCCACGAAGUAUACCGGAACCUGUGGAGCAUGAGCAGUAUGAGGAUGGCGAUCCCCACCCUGCCGUGGGCGAUAGCAUCUUACCACAAGACGCAUAUUUCAUUAACGACGGGGUCCAAGGUCAGGGGCAACUGGAACAUGUCGUCGAAGGCGCUGGGACCAGCAGCGAGUAUUCGGCUGCAGAGCCCCUGUACACAAUACAUCAGGGAGAGGGCCCUUGA